GCCUAACAAACACCUCUUGCCCUCCGUUCUCAAUUCAAGUUCAUCGACUGCCUCCUCUAUUUUUUUUUUAAAGAAAAAAAAAAUGACAGGGGCCGAAGCGCCGUUAAUAGCAAAUAUUGACGCUACCGGAGAACUAGAGCAGGAAAACAAUUUAUCCCAGGGUGUUCAUGAAAAUGACACCAAUUUGUCCAGAUUACCAGACGCACCACCCGGCCUGUUUAUCUGGCUGCUGGUGUUGUCAGCAGGUAUAAGUGGACUCCUUUUUGGAUACGACACUGGAGUAAUAUCAUCCACGUUGGUCUCCAUCGACGACUCACUCUCGGACCGUCAGCUCACGUCUCUAGACAAGUCAGUGAUCACGUCGUGCACUUCGCUAUUUGCUCUCUUAAUCUCGCCGUUUUCCUCGUCCAUAGCCGACAGCUUGGGUCGGAAACGUGUCAUUCUGGUUGCCGACCUUCUCUUUGCCGUCGGUGCCAUCUUACAGGCAUGCAGCGACACGGUGGCCGAGAUGGUUGCUGGCCGGUCCAUUGUCGGUGCCGGAGUCGGGGCCGCGUCCUUUGUAGUGCCUCUUUACAUCGCAGAGACCGCUCCGGCCGAUCACAGGGGCAAGCUCAUCACCAUCAAUGUGCUGUUUAUCACGCUGGGUCAGGUGGUUGCAUACGUGAUCGGGUGGCUUUUCGCCGAGUAUGGUGACAAGUCCAGCGGCUGGAGGUGGAUGGUCGGUUUAGGAGCCGUCCCUGCAGUUGUGCAGACGGUGCUCCUCCUAGGAAUGCCAGAGACACCACGUUGGUUGGUCAAGGCUGGUCGGAAAGAAGAGGCACUCGAGGUGAUUCGCCGUGUCGCCGGUGGCAAGCACAGAUCAACAUCCGACAGGGUGGCUCAUCGAGUCCUUGAGGAGAUCGAGGUCGAGAUUCGUGAAGAGUCCGAAGCCCGUAGAAGGCUCUUGGCCAGCCGUGAAGGGAUGCAGUCAACGAGGCCAGGGUGGAUGGAGACAUGGUCAGAGCUUAUCAAGGUCAGGCGGAAUAGACGAGCUCUGAUUGUCGCCUGCCUUCUCCAGGGACUACAGCAAUUGUGUGGAUUUAACUCCUUGAUGUAUUUCUCCGCAUCCAUAUUCACAAUGGUCGGUUUCGCGACGCCAACUCUAACAUCGUUAACGGUUGCCGUUACAAACUUUGUCUUUACAGUGCUGGCGCUUUUGCUAGUAGACCGCAUUGGCAGGCGCCGGAUACUUCUCUACUCCCUACCUUUUAUGAUUGUUGGUUUGCUGCUUGCAGCUUUUGGCUUCUCGUUCAUAUCGAUAUCUCCGGGCCCAACAUCAUCACCGAAACCUCACCCAGCUAAGGCUGGCGACGCACAACUGUCCCCACAGGCCGCAGCAGUUAUGAUACUCAUCAGCAUUAUGAUAUACGUUGCAUCCUACGCCAUUGGGCUCGGGAAUGUUCCGUGGAUGCAAAGCGAACUCUUUUCGUUGAGCGUGCGAUCGGUCGGCAGUGGGGUCGCGACGGGGACCAAUUGGUUGGCCAACUUUGUGGUGGGCUUGACGUUCUUACCAUUGAUGGAUGCAUUUGGGCCGCCGGCGACUUUUACCAUGUACGGGGUGAUUUGUGGUGUUGGUCUCGUGCUCAUCUGGCGGAUCUAUCCCGAGACGACGGGGUUAAGUCUAGAGGAGGCGGCAAGCCUGCUUGAAGGUAGCGCCUGGAGGGUACGGUAGGGCUGCGCCUACGUAUAUAGGUAUUUACUAUAUAUAGAAGCAUAUUUUGAUACCAAUCUGGUCUCGUCUGGUGUGUAGUGGGUGGGAACGGGAGGAUGAAAAAAGAUUAAAUCCUAACUCGCGACGAGGUUUGUCAUUUGAAGGCAUA